AUGGCGUACGGAAAAAAAUCUAUACAUGUAGUGGAAACAUCUAAUGGCAAUAUGUUAUCUAGAGUCAAGCGUAUGAGUCUCUUCAGUGAAAAUUUAUCUACUAAACGAGGACAAAAUUGUCAAAUGUUAAAAAUUAUUGGACUUGUUAUAAUCCCAAUAAUUGCAAUGGUUAUAGAAAACGCAAUCAAAAUAUCAAAAGAUGAAACAAUAUUGUGUCAAGCAAAGAAAGUACGAGGAAAGAUAUUGUUUAGUGUCGAGAUUGGUCUACUUGUUCACUUUUUACAAAUAGAAAGAGGUACUACUGCUUUAUAUAUCAGUUCUGGAGGGAGUCCUCUAGCUUUAACCAGUUUAAAGUCUAAACGACUUGACACCGACUCCUCUCUUGACGCAUUAAAUGGAUGGAUAACUCUUUCAUCUCCAUCUCAUUUCCGGUCUCGUGAGGCGUACCGGGCUCAUCUUCGGACUUAUCGAGACAAUCUUGACCCUAUCAACACUACGAUAAACGCAGCCAUCAAAUUUUAUUCGAAUGACAAUGAACUUAUAAUUGAAUGGGUAGGUUCUUCUGUACAGGAAUCCAACAGUGAAACCUCGUGGCAGUUAUUGACAGCUUAUCAUAUGUUGUUACUCAGCAAGGAAGAGGCAGGAGUAGAAAGAGCCCUUGGGAGUACUUUUUAUGCCAGAGGUAGUUUUCCAUUGGAAGAUUUACUGUGGUAUACAGAAAAGAAAACACUGGGGGAAACAUACUUACUUAGAAGUAUGCAAUAUUCAGAUACAGUAAUGAAUUUGUUAGAUGACCGGUACACAUAUUCAUCACUGGCAACUGAACUGGAUAAUAUGCGCAAACAAAUAUCUGUCAACAACGCAACAAGCGCAUCUGUCGUAGCUGGUUUAGUCUGGUUUGAUAAUAUGACGUCAUAUAUCAAUAUAUUGAAGACCAUACAAGACACUCUAGCAAAGGAAAUUGUAGUAUCCCUCAACAACAAUUUGAAUCUACAUGAGAUGGAUGUGAAAAUAAGUAUAUGUAUAGUCGUUGGGGCAAUAGUAAUGUUCCCUGUGAUAGUUUUGCUUGUGUACCGUCUUAACAAAAAGUUACAAUCAUUUGCGAACUCGUUGACGAAUAAAACAUACGACUUAGAACAAGAGCGAAAAAGAACAGAACAGUUACUCUACCAAAUGCUGCCUGUAUCAAUAGCCAAGCGAAUGAUGAAUAAUAUUCCUAUAGAACCAGAAUAUUUUGAAUCAGUAACGGUAUACUUCUCUGAUAUAGUUGGAUUUACGACUAUCUGCUCUAAAAGUUCACCAAUGCAAGUGAUCUAUAUGUUGAAUGACUUGUACAGUGUGAUAGAUGAACGAAUAGAAAAGUUUGAUGUAUAUAAAGUAGAAACAAUAGGUGAUGCUUACAUGAUGGUUUCUGGUUUGCCAGUAAGAAACACCGACCAACAUGCAUCUGAAAUAGCUUUGAUGUCAUUAGACAUAUUGGAAAUAGUUAGUCAAUCGCAAAUACCUCAUAUACCAGGGGAGAAAUGGCAAAUAAGGAUUGGAAUAAAUACAGGUUCUGUAGUCGCAGGUGUUGUUGGAACUAAAAUGCCUCGAUAUUGUCUGUUUGGCAAUACAGUGAAUGUUGCGUCGCGGAUGGAAUCGACGAGUGAACCGGGCAUGAUUCACAUCUCGCAGUCUACAAAAAAUACUCUUGAACAACACCCAGACUUCUUUGUGGAACCACGAGGUGAAAUAGUAAUAAAGGGAAAAGGAGUAAUGUUGACGUAUUGGUUAUUGGACCACCAAAAGAGGCGCAAUUGUUCCCAUUGCUUAGUCCAAGAUGUAUUUAUCGACCAAAGAAAUACAACCUGCUGA